AUGGAGUUGGACGCAAAGAAGUUUGCUGAGCUAUUGGAAAAAUAUGAAGCUGAAGGUGAUGAGUUUCUACUAGUUCGAAAUCAGAUGGUGGAGAAUGACAGGGAGAGGAAUGCGAACAGAGAGGCUCUCACAGCACUUAGGAAGAUAGCUCGGACAACAAAGACUAGCGUUCCUUGUCCUUUCGAUUCUGUGAUGAAGGGAGUCUCAACCAAACCUUUGGUCCAAGAAGCUUGCUCGACCUGUGGGUCACAUGACCCUAGUGAACCCACGUGGUUGAUGCUCCCAGGAGCUGACCUUUUUGCUGCUGUUCCGUUUCAUGCUGCGCAUACAAUGCUAGAGAAAGAUGGAGAGAAAAUGGAGUUUGAAUCGAAGAAGUUGCAGAGCUUAGCCAAGGAAAAGGCUCUUCUUCUAUCAGAACUUGGGGUUCUUGCUGAUUCUGUGCCUCGUGGCGUUAUCAGAUCCUUGGUGGCAUUGAAUGACAAACCUUUAGCUAAAUAG